AUGCUGUGCAGAUGAUUUCAGCACCAGUGUCGUGGGAACAGCUCCACACUAUGUUGCAUGCUUUUGCUGAAGUGCGUGCAUGUGACCAAUAUAAUGUACGUUGGGGUUCAAGGCGUUUUUUCAGUUUAUUGAUCGCGUAUCUGUAGGUCGUAUAGGCUACGCUUGAUGUUCUACUGUAUACGUUUCCUCUAAGCUUUUCAGAGGGCAGAGGAGCCUGCGAUGUAGACUCAAGUGAUGAAUGUGGAACACAGAUGUGCAUCCACUGUGGGUGUGUGUGGACAGAGUACAGCUUUCGCAUUGUGUGAUACGUCAUUGCGAUCCAUGAUAAUUCUCUCUGCUCCCCAUAUCGCCACUCCGGCCGGUCCUCGACUCUGAAACGGCUUCGACUAGACAGUUUCACCAGGUAAAUCUAAUGGGACAGUCAAGGCCUUUGAUUCCAUUUGCCUCGUCGCGCUGAGGUUGGAGAGGACAUAUUACUACCCCGAAGUGAAAAUCAAAGCCCAACGAAAUGACAAACAAGGAGUCCGAGGAUGUGGGUCUCUCCAUACCACUGUGCAUCUACAACGGAGCUUCCCAAACCAAUGGUACCUGCAUGGACCAAAUUGGCCGCUUCUUCCAACCGUUCUCCUCGACCUUUGCGCUCAUGGUGCUGGUGGCCAUGAUAAUUGGGAUAAUAUUGGUUUCCCUGGCAGCAUUUCACUUUAACAAGAGGAGAAUGAAGAAGAGGAAGAUCCAACGUGCCCAGGAGGAAUACGAGCGUGACAACCUCAGCCCGUCCACCAAGGCGAAGAGAGAGCCUAUGAGACCAUGCAUUAUUGUCCGACCAUCGCCUCGAGAUGGCGAACACCGGCCACACUCCACUGUCCAAAAUACCAGUCAUCACAUUCAGGAGGACGUCGGUACAUUACCCAUUACAAAUAAUGCGUCAGAAUUGGAUAUGGCACACAUUGAGCAAGGAGACGGACAAGUGCUGGAAACGGUCGUCUUGUCUUGA